GAAUCAUAAUUAGAUUCUAUCUCAUCAAACCUCUCGACUCGUCUGGAUCAACUUACGUCGAGAAUCUCUCUGGAAUUUCUGAAGGCUCGGAGUCUGAUCAAAGUCCUGAAGGUACUGGCGUACCAAAUACAUGCAUAUACCUCUUUGACCUCUACGGAAAGAUACCCGCCGCCAUCGUUUGAAUUUCGGAUACGAUGUCUGAAGAUCGUCAAGGGAAAGACCUCAUACUCGCCGUGAACAGCGGUUCAUCCUCACUCAAGAUCUCCCUCUACCGUAUCGCACCCGCCUUCUCCCCCACUCCCUCCUCCCCCUCCUCCUCCAUCAGUUCCCUGGCACCAGGCCAAGAACCAGUCGAGCUUCUUCUCGUCAGCACAAUCUCAAAUCUCUCUGCUCCACCAGCUUCUUUCUCCUGGAAACCGUCGCCAACUUCGAGCACAAUAAACUUUGGCGAUAAGAUCAAGGAUUCGAAGAUCCAGAAGAUCACCUCGCAUACGAAUGCGUUUACGUAUUUUUUGGAACAUUUGAAGAAUGCGAGUGGGUUGGAGAAGGGGGCUAUAGGGAAAGUCUGUCACCGUGUCGUGCAUGGUGGGGAUUACGUCGAGCCGGAGAUUAUUGAUGAUCAGACUUAUGAGAGGAUACAGAGGUUAAGUGAUUUGGCUCCAUUACACAACGGUGCCGCUCUAACACUCAUCAAAGCAACACUGCAACACCUUCCCUCCGCAACCUCCAUCGCAUACUUCGAUACUAUCUUUCACCGUACUAUACCCCCACAUAUAUACUCGUACGCGAUAGACCCUGUCGUAGCCCGCGAAAGGGGGUUGAGAAAAUAUGGCUUCCACGGACUCAGUUACGCAUAUAUCCUCCGAACCCUCUCCACCCAUUUCACCGUCCCAGUCCCCACCACCCGCGGUCUAAAUCUCAUCAUCAUGCAUCUAGGAUCCGGUGCCUCAAUGGUGUGUAUCAAAGAUGGCAAGUCAUUUGAUACCACUAUGGGCUUAACACCUGUGAGUGGAUUACCCGGGGCAACGAGAUGUGGGAAUGUGGAUCCUAGUUUGGUUUUUCAUUGGUAUGGAAGUGUACAGGCUGCUGCCGAGGAGAAGGAGAAAGAGGCCGAGGCUCAGAAGGAGGAGGAGAAAGAGAAGGAGAAAGAUGGGGAUAGGAAGGAAACACAAGGGAAGGAGGCCGAUGGUGAUCCAGAUGGAGACACUGAUGACGACGGGGAUGGUAAGGAUGAUAUGGAUGGACCACACGGUGUAAGCCGACUAUCACACCGACACACGGCUGGUGUCGAUGUCCGCGUAACGAUCGCCGAGGAGAUCCUCAAUAGACGGAGUGGAUGGAAAGCAAUGACGGGUACGACUAACUUUGGCGAGAUCGUCGCCAAAGUCAAGGCAUCCUCCUCGUCCUCCACUACUUCGCCGGACGAACAAGGAGAACAGGUGGAUGCAGACGUAUACACGCUCGCGUUCAACCUGUUUCUGGAUAGGCUGUUAACGUACAUUGGGAGUUAUUAUCUGAAAUUGGGUGGAGAGAUUGAUGCGUUGGUGUUUGCGGGUGGGAUUGGGGAGAAGAGUCCGGAGUUGAGGGAAGCUAUUGGGAAGAGGGUGCAGUGUUUGGGGUUUAGUAUCGAUCUAGACAGGAACGCGAAUGUGGGGAACGCACAAGCGGGGGAAGGGGAAGACCAGAAGGUCGUCGAUAUUUCGGAGAAUUGGGAAGGUAAGAAUGGGAGGAAGGUUUUUGUCGUUUGGACGGAUGAACAGCUCGAAAUGGCAAGGCAGUGUUCGCUAGAUCCAAGGUUCUCGCAGUGAACAUUGAACUCUUAGCAGAAGUUCAUCGGUCCGACUUAACUGGCUAUAAUGGAGCCUGAAGGAACGGACAGUUGGAUUCGUAUCGUUGUAUGGUUAGGUGUAUGAUUAUUGAUACCUUCCGUUUUAUAAUACCAUCGUCUAUGAAUGUUUUGUUGAACUCGAAACUGGAUAACUUGGAUUGGUUAAAAGGCAGCAUUUGGAAGUCGAAUGGAUUUAAUUUUAAAUGUCAUUA